AUGGUGAAAGAUACUCUGAAUGACCUGUCUCAGCUCAAACAAUCAGGCUUCGGUCAGCCAAAGCCGAGACAUGGCCUGAACCUGUUGUAUUGGUUUGCUCAUGAGUAUAUAUACUUCAGAAAUGGGAAAAUUGUCUCCAAAUAUACUCCUCAAGCUAAACGCUUUGGCUUUCACAAGUUCGAAAAUGAUGAUAAUGAUCACAUUGUUCCCCUUCAGAAUCUCCCAUACUAUGAGGUGGGCAACCUGAACGCUGGAGGAGCAGACGAACUCCCAGAUUAUGUCAGGGCAAAAUACAACCAGAACAUUCUUGACAGUAACAAGGAUCGCAUUAUUGUGUCUCAAGACACCAAUGGCAACUUCAACAGUGUGUAUGUGACUGAACACUUGAAACAUGACUUGAAACUAUUCGACAGCAGCAGAACCUACUGCGUGAGCCAGCCCCUCCUCCAGACCAUCAAGAACAUGAGUAAAGAGCAGUUUCUCCAACAGACAUCCAACACUGGAGAAGAUCGUGCCUGUCUUCCCCGGCUCUCCAACACUGAAGAGGAGGAUGUCAAAAGAAGAGAGCAGAUAUGUGAAGUGACUGUGCCUAAAGACAAUUCCUGCUCAUGUACCAUUCUUUAA